AAUAAUUAAUAUUUUAAAUGAAAUUGACAAUAUUGCCUGAUCCAAUUCAUCGCUAAUAUUUCGCUAAUCAUGUUAACUCACUUAAAUAGAUUAAAAGAAGAAAAAAUAGAAAUGAAGAAGACUCUAUAACUGUAAUCCGUUAAUGUAAUUUGUAUGUUAUAUGUAGUAUCGACAAUUAAAAAAAUUAAGGAUUAAGUUUCUACCUUUGAAGCUAUUGAAGAAAAUAAAAGCAUUGCUUACAAUAAUUAAAAGAUUUAAUAAGCAAUUAUGAAAAUAAGCAAUGCUAAAUAUAGUUUACCAAAGCUAUACAUUAAACGCAAAGAAAAAACGGAGCUCUCAGAUGAUAUUGCAAAAGAAAAUAAAAGACUCAAAAAAAGCAUAGAAAAUGUCUAAAAUAGCUUAACUUAUAGAACCAAGCAUUAAAACAUCAGAAAGUCUUAUUAGCAAGUACUGAACGAAUAUUGUUAAUCGAGAUUGUAGUAAUAAAAUGAAUAAUUAUAAUAAUGA